GGAUCAUUAGUUUAACCGACUCGACUCUGACAACAUGAGCGGCCGCGGAAAAGGAGGCAAAGGACUCGGGAAAGGAGGCGCCAAGCGGCACCGGAAGGUCCUCCGUGAUAACAUCCAGGGCAUCACCAAACCCGCCAUCCGCCGCCUGGCUCGCCGCGGCGGAGUGAAGCGGAUCUCCGGUCUGAUCUACGAGGAGACCCGCGGCGUGCUGAAGGUGUUCCUGGAGAACGUGAUCCGUGACGCCGUCACGUACACCGAGCACGCCAAGAGGAAGACGGUGACCGCCAUGGAUGUGGUGUACGCGCUGAAGAGGCAGGGCCGCACCCUGUACGGCUUCGGGGGCUAAGACACUGACGACAGCGACACGACUCAACGGCUCUUUUAAGA